CUCAUAACCUCACAUAACCUAGAAUAUGUGUCGGUGAACUGCGAACAGUUCCGGCAUCUAAAGUUUUGUUUGAUGGUGAAGAUAUGAGUGAUUGAGUAAUAAAGUGAAUUAACGUCAAGAUGGAUUUGCAAAAACGUAAGAAGAAUUACUACUCUGGAUAUCACAAUCAUCAGAAGAAAAGGAAACAGUAUAAUUUGGAGCCAGGAAUCAGAGGCUUUUUUUGCACGUGUAAUUUUCGAGAAAAAGACUGCGUUCGCGAAGUGUACAGUGUACUGUCAGAAUAUGCAGAUAAUCUUUAUGGAACUGAAAAGACUGAACUUCCUACGCGAGCAUCAAACGAAACAGUCUCGACCGUACAAAGUGAGACUGAAAAUUGUCAUGAGAAAGCAUCAGAGGAAGAGCAGGAUUCAGUGGAUAUCUCAGAAGCAUUGAAAAAAGAAAUUGCCGAACUAAAGGCAGAAUCUCAAAAGCCUGUGAAUUUACGUCGAUUCCAAGUUGUAGACACAGGUGUAAAAAGCGUCGUUUUUAUAAGAACAACGAUACCUAAUCCACUGGAGUUAGUUUCUACUAUCAUCAAAGAAUUAUAUGAAACGAAAAAACAGCGAACUCGAUAUCUGAUGCGGCUGCUGCCUGUUGAAGUUGUUUGUAAGGCAUACAUGGAUGACAUAAAAUUGAAGGCCAACACGUUGUUUGAAAAAUAUUUUGCCCAAGAACCGAAAACAUUUGCCAUCAUAUUCAAUCGGCACAGCAACAACAGCAUUAAACGGGGUGAAUUAAUUGAGGAUUUGGCUGAUAUCAUCGCUAAAAAAAACCCCGGCAAUAAAGCAGACCUAAAAAAUCCUGAACUCGCCGUUGUUGUAGAGGUGAUACGUGGAGUAUGUCUGCUGUCAAUAGCUCCCAGUUAUUAUAAAUACAAGAAGUACAAUUUGCUGGAAAUAUGCGGAGUCAGGGAAACAGAUAAAAAGGAUUCUGCUAACGCUGCAUCACCGGAACCAAUGCAUUCUAAGCCGGAAGAAGAAUCGACAGAAACCGAUGAGUCCAAAAGUGAUAAACAAGUAGAGUUGCCAGUUGACGUGUAAUGCUAAAAAGAAGAAACGAGUUGAUCACCAGUUCAGCCCUCAAUGAUUUCCUGUGAAAUAAUAACAACAUCAAUAACAGCAACAACAACAAUAACAACAACAGUCUUUACUGAAGUGUAUAUGAUAAAAUGAUAUCCGUGUGCAGGGUUUAACAUCACAUUAAACGUGUAAUAUAUAUUUGAUAGAUUUAUGAAACACCACAUUUGUUAUUGCUUUCAUAAAAUGAUUUAUCAGU